AGGGUGGGUGGUGAGAGGCUUGGGACGGCGCGGCUCUCCCUCUCCUGGGCUGGCCCCUCUCCACCGCCCAGGAAGCGGGGAAGGAGUGCGGGCCCCCACCCCAUCUAAGAAUGUCUGGUCCCCAGGUCAGCACACCAGUUUCUUCCUGACCAAAGAGCAGAGCCACGCCCAGAUGAAUGAAUUUUCCUGGAAGGAUGUUGCCAGUGCCUUGUCCGUGGCCAACAUGAUCCUGGGGCUCUUAUCCAUCUUCUGCAGUUUCUGCAAGAAGUCCCCCUGUGCCUCCUGGAUGCUUUUGGUCAGCUUUCUAUUAGACAUGGCUAUCGGGGCAAUGACCAGACACCUCAACAUCUGCUCCACAUCAGGAGCCAAGCUGAAUGACUUUGCUGUCUUCACCACCUUUGGCCUGGCCUCAGCCCUGCUUCUAGGCAUGGAUGGGCCUCUGAAUGGCUUCCUGGCCAUCAUCUAUGUGUUGGCUAUUUCAGUCCGCCUCUGUUUCUAUUCAGCUGGCGUUCCCUUCACAUACAAGGGUCUACCCUGCCCCUAUGCUUCCUGUGUUUUGGCCUCCACCUCCCUCCUGACCAAAGGCAACACAUUCAUUCUCUCUUGCAUGGCCACAUUCAUGAUUCUAUUCAUGAUGGACGAGAGCUACUACCCACAUGACGAAAUCCUGGAGUCUGAGAACUGGAAAAAAAUGGUCUAUCUGGGAGGUGUCAUCAUGGUGUUUUUGUCACCAUUGUCACUAACUGCUUUUUACUGCCUGAUGUGGUCACUCUCCUACAUCUUCUUUCCAGAUGCUCUGUGGCACAAGGCAGCACGUCUUAAGCAGCAGCACCGAAGACACUAAACAGCCUUACGCACUCCCGCUGGCCUCUGUGGGGUUUCUGCCAGCAUGUUGGGCCAAGCCUCGCCUUACCCUUACUAAAUGUUUCCUUGUCCCUACGUUGUGUAUGUGCUAGAUACAUGUUGCCUUGAACAGCAACCCACAGUAGGGCCAGCGGCCUAUAUACUUCUUCCUCUUUAUUCAGGGUUCUUAAUCUCUUGGGGACGAGUUGUUUAUGUCAUACAGAACAGAAUUUUUUCCAAGAUAAAUUUGGGCUGGGCUUGAGUUCCAUCCCUGUUACCAGCUGGGUGAACUUGUGCACUCAGGUUAGUCCCUUGGAAAUGAGUGAAACCUUUCAGAGUUGGUCUAGCCUCCACCUUGGUCCUGCCUGAAUGUGAUUACUCCAGUGGUGAGGUGGGGCUUACUAACGCGUUCCUUAAAUUUACAGACUCUGGCUCUGUAGCGCGGAGCUGAUAGCAGCCAAUCACAUUGCCCAAUUUGUGUGUAGGAUUUUGUAACUUAAAAUUCCAUAUUUCCACAAUCAAAGCUUCUGCCUUUUGCUUUGUUUAGAGAUUAGACACAUUGGCAUCCUGAGGGCAUCGUCUGGUCUCCAGGAUCUCAGUAUGUGUUCUUUUCCUAAGCUCUAAAAUACUAAACUCUAGAUAUUCAAAGGGCACUUCAUAUUCUAAAAUCCAAAUUGAAUAGAAAUAAAAUUAUAUGCAGCCCUAAAGCGGCACCUCACAAAGAACUCAGGCCCACUGAAAGCCAUGCCCCCGGCACUGCCUCUGGACUUUCCAUCUCCAGAUGGUGAACCAGAUUAUUGGCUUAGUUCCGCCCCUUCCUCAACUAGGGCACCAGAGCACCUUUACCUCGGGUCUGACUUCUUUUGCUUUUCUUUUCUUUUUUUUUUUUUUUUUUUUUGCGCUAUGCGGGCCUCUCACUGUUGUGGCCUCUCCCGUUGCGGAGCACAGGCUCCAGAUGCGCAGCCUCAGCGGCCAUGGCUCACAGGCCCAGCCGCUGUGUGGCAUGUGGGAUCUUCCCGGACCGGGGCACGAACCCGUGUCCCCUGCGUCGGCAGGCGGACUCUCAACCACUGCGCCACCAGGGAAGCCCGGAUCUAACUUCUUGAAGUUUGCAGAACAAAGUGUAUGGCAAAUAUGCAUUAAAUCUAAAAUUAAAUGAAAAAUAAAAGUCCAAUGAAGUCCACAUUGCUAUUUGACUCUAAAGGAACAGACAGCACCCUCCUCUUCUCCACAGCUUUCUGUUUGUAUCUGUUACACCAUUUGUAUUUUUUUCAUGGUUAGAUGAAUAUGUCUGUUUCCCACUAGACUUUAAGCUCCUUGAGUUUACAUUUUCAUAUUUCUGCUGCCUGCCACAGUGCCCCACGCUCAAAAACAUUUACUUUGUUGAUGAAUUGAUUUGGUUGUGCAUUCUAGUGAGUUAUAUACAAGGUUACUAUAAUGUAGUAAGACUCUUACAAAUAUACAUGGGCUCAGACAUUUUAGUGUGAUGUCCUUCAAUGCUGAACCCUCAUUUCACUGAUGCUAUCCUUCAUCAAAAUAUUUUAGGAACUCCAGGUCGAGAAAUGUCUUCACAUAAGCUCUUAGAGGCCAGCACCUAGCACAGUGCCUGGACAUAGUAGGUACUCAAAAAAUACUUAUUUUACUCUGAACCAACCAAAUUUAGUCCAAAAACCUAAU